AUGUCGGCUAGCGAGCAAAUAUCAUAUUAUACGCGUGAUCGAUCUCGGUCAGCAUCCCCAUUCCGACCGAAGCUUAAAACACAUCAAAGAUGUUCAAGCGUGAAAAAUGACAACAUCAAGGUGAUCGCACGAUUCCGGCCGGGAAACUCGGCGAAGUCCGUGAUAAGCUACAAUGCAGACUUGCAAUCAGUGACAAUUCGGGCCGAUGCCGGACAUCAGUCGAUUGACUUUAUGUAUGACAGAGUUUUUCCUGAAAGCAGCAAGCAGCAAGAGAUUUUCGACUAUUCGGUUCGGGAAACCACAGAUGACCUCACAGAGGGUUAUAACGGCACGGUACUUUGCUACGGGCAAACGGGAGCGGGCAAAUCGUACACGAUGAUGGGGGAAUUGGAGAAUCCAGAAUGCAGAGGUCUCAUUCCACGGAUUUUCGAGCGGAUUUUUGAGAUAAUACAGGCCUCACCAAAGACUUUGGAGUACACUGUUGGAGUUUCGUACUUGGAGAUCUACAAUGAGUACUUGCGGGACUUGCUGGACCCGCAGAACAACAAGCACUUGGCGAUACGCGAAAAUAACGUUGAUGGAGUCUACGUGUCGCAUUUAGAGACUUUCUAUGUUGCGAAUCUCGCAGAUGUGUACACAAUCCUCCGGCAGGGGUCACAGAACCGGACUACCGGCUCAACUGUGAUGAACAGCCAGAGCUCGAGGUCGCACUCGAUUUUCCAGAUAAAGUUGACAUCCAAAGACUUAGAUGGUGGUGUAGUGAAGACAGGAAAUCUGUUUUUGGUGGAUUUGGCCGGCUCGGAGAAGAUCGACCGCACUGGGGCUACGGGGCAGCUUUUGGAGGAGGCAAAGAAGAUCAACUCGUCACUUUCGGCGCUUGGAAACGUGAUCAACAGUCUCACAGACGGCAAAUCUCGCCAUAUCCCAUAUCGCAACUCCAAACUCACUCGGAUACUUCAGGAAUCGCUUGGAGGAAACUCCCGGACUACACUCAUCAUCAACUGUUCUCCGGCAGAGUCCAAUUGCCUGGAAACGCUGUCCACACUCCGUUUUGGGUCCCGGGCCAAGCGGAUAACGAAUUCCGUGCACAUAAACAGCGAAUUGAGCACGAACGAGUUGAAGAAACGGUACCUGGAGCAGGUGAAAGUGAAUGCAGAAAGUGCGAAGCGGAUGGAGACGAUGUCGAAGCGGAUUUCGCUUCUUGAGGAGGAGAACGGUUUGCUCAAGGAGAAAAUCAAGAGAUACAAGCAGAUUCCAGGAGGCAGAGCAGGAAAUGAAGGCUCGGCAAUUGCAGACAGUGAAGGCACAGACAAGCUUGCCGUUUUGGGCAAGGAGCUCGACAAGUUCGACAAUCAGCUGGACGGGAUCGGGGAGCAGAACAUGAAACUCCGGCGUGAGAUCGAGGCGAUGCAGAAAGUGAGCAAAAUGAAAGAUUCACGAAUCGCGGAACUUCAGACUCAGCUAGCUGCGAGAGAAGCUUUGGUGAAUGUAAACUCUUCUGGGUUCAAAAAUCGGUUGGGAAGUCUCAAGGACCGUCUUUCUGCCAUACAAAGCUCCAUGGACCACCAUAUGGAGUCAGUAGGUGCACCAAUAAGCAAUAAAGAGAACGUGAAGGUGGCCAGACAUUCUGCUGUUGGAAAACCAAGGGGUGAUGGAAAGCCGAUUGGACUUAACUUGAGGAUAGUGAAGCCGAUGCGGGGUCGGCAGGUGGAUGAAUGA